GCCAGCGAAGCAGCUGUUCAUUGCUGACAUUCUCCCUGCCAGGCAUUCCAGCUCUCUGAGGUAAUGGGCCGCGAGCAUACGGGCCUUUGCUUUAAUUCUUCCAGCGUAUCCUUCCGCAUGGACAGAGCGAGGGGAACGCCUCCAGGAAAAGAAAUUAAAUGCACACACGCAGCCAUGCAGAGACCUGCGAUUUGAAAAUAUUCCGGAGAACGCGUUUUGUGCGCUCGCAGCGCAGUGUCACGUGAGGGAGGCCGCCCGAAGAGCUGGCUGGCACAGGUUUCUCUCGCUGUAAUAUUUUCUUCCACCCCCAGCUCUUCACCCAGUGGAAUGAUAUCCAGAGCAAGUUUUUUGAGACAGGAAGUGAGGAAUGUUUUCACUAUGAGUGAUCUGAGAAGAAGGUGGGUUAGCGGAGACAGCAGCUGCUUGGGGCGAGAGGCGCACAGUAAGUCGUGUCGCGAGGAAUACAGAUGAGAUGGCUCCAGGAGAGCAACUCCCAGCGCGCGGCGGGGGCUUCUCAGCUGCGCGUGUGUGAAAGGAGACCCAGCGUCUUCAGAUCCCUGCGAGAGAAGUCCAGUGGAUGCCCCUUCUACUUCGGUCUUGGUGGAAGACUUGCUUGUCUUUAAUGGAUACUGCCGCGGCUGGUUGAUCUUUGGAGACUCUCCAGCUCCUUACUUCUUGAGAGGAGGCAGCUACUUGUCCUUCCUCAUCCUCCCAGUGGUGGUACCUUUUUAUCGCUAACCAUCUCCGUGGAGAAAGAAAAUGCCUCUACCUUUUGGGUUAAAAUUGAAACGAACUCGACGUUACACGGUCUCCAGCAAGAGCUGCUUGGUGGCUCGUAUCCAGCUGCUCAACAAUGAAUUUGUGGAGUUCACACUAUCUGUGGAAAGCACGGGCCAGGAAAGCCUGGAAGCCGUGGCUCAGAGGCUUGAAUUGCGGGAGAUUACUUAUUUCAGUCUGUGGUAUUAUAAUAAGCAGAAUCAGCGCAGAUGGGUAGAUUUGGACAAGCCUCUGAAAAAGCAGCUGGACAAAUAUGCCUUGGAGCCAACUGUGUAUUUUGGGGUAGUUUUCUAUGUGCCUACUGUUUCUCAGCUUCAGCAGGAGAUUACCAGGUAUCAGUAUUAUUUGCAAUUAAAGAAAGAUAUCUUGGAGGGCAACAUUCCUUGCACACUGGAGCAAGCAAUACAUCUGGCUGGUUUAGCUGUUCAAGCUGAUUUUGGAGACUAUGAUCAGUAUGAAUCUCAGGAGUUUCUACAAAGAUUUGCCUUGUUUCCAGUGGGCUGGCUACAAGAAGAAAAGAUCUUGGAAGAAGCAACACAGAAAGUCGCCUUGCUACAUCAAAAGUACAGAGGCCUUACUCCUCCCGAUGCAGAAAUGUUAUAUAUGCAAGAAGUAGAGAGAAUGGAGGGCUAUGGUGAAGAGAGCUAUCCUGCAAAGGACAGCCAAGGAAGUGAUAUAUUCAUUGGAGCAUGUCUUGAUGGUAUCUUUGUGAAACACAAAAAUGGUCGGCCUCCUGUUGUAUUUAGGUGGCAUGAUAUUGCCAACAUGUCCCACAACAAAUCCUUUUUUGCACUAGAGCUGGCAAACAAAGAAGAGACAAUCCAGUUCCAAACUGAAGAUAUGGAAACAGCAAAAUACGUGUGGAGGAUGUGCGUGGCUAGACACAAAUUUUACAGACUAAAUAAAUGCAGCCUACAAACCCAGCCCAUUACAGUGAAUCCAAUUAGAAGGCAGUCUUCCUCCAGGAUGUCCUUGCCCAAGCCUCAACCUUAUAUGAUGCCUCCACCACCUCAGCUGCAUUACAAUGGUCAUUAUACUGAACCAUAUGCAUCCUCCCAAGAUAACCUCUUUGUGACCAAUCAGAACGGAUACUAUUGUCAUUCUCAGACUAGCUUGGAUAGAGCUCCUCAUGACUACAGUGGCCGAAUCCGCAAUGGUAGUGUCUAUAGUGCACAUAGCACAAACUCUUUGAAUAAUCCACAGCAUUACUUGCAGCCAUCCCCCAUGUCUUCUAACCCAAGCAUUACUGGAAGCGAUGUCCUCAGAACCGAUUACGUCCCAUCGCACAGACAUAGUGCGCUAAUACCACCCUCUUAUCGGCCCACACCAGACUAUGAAACUGUAAUGAGACAGCUCAACAGGGGAAUGAUACAUACAGAUAGGCAAAGCCAUUCGAUGAGAAAUCUUAACAUCAGCAAUUCAUAUGCUUAUAGCAGGCCUGAUGCCUUAGUUUACAGUCAACCUGAAAUACGAGAACAUGCUCACUUCACUUCCCCACAGUCUAACCAUUACCCAUUUAACCUAAAUUACAGUUUUCAUAGCCAAUCCCCCUAUCCCUAUCCUGCUGAAAAACGCCCAGUUGUUGGGGCAGUCAGUGUGCCUGAGUUGACAAAUGUACAACUCCAGGCUCAGGAUUAUCCAGCACCAAAUAUAAUGAAGACCCAAGUCUAUCGACCGCCUCCCCCAUACCCAUACCCAAGACCUGCAAAUAGUACUCCAGACCUUUCCCGUCAUCUCUAUAUUAGCAGCAGCAAUCCAGAUCUUAUUACAAGGCGAGUGCACCAUUCUGUCCAGACAUUUCAGGAAGACAGCCUGCCUGUUGCACAUUCUCUUCAGGAGGUCAGUGAACCUCUAACAUCGGCACGCCACGCCCAGCUGCAGAAAAGGAACAGUAUUGAAAUAGCAGGCUUGACUCCCAGCUUUGAAGGUAUAAGAAUUAAAGAGAGGACCAUGUCAGCAUCUGCAGCAGAUGUGGCUCUUCCAAGGGUUAUCUCAGAAGGGUCACAGCCCAAUAUUCUGAUGGAGAGAACAAAACAAAAAGAAAGUGAGCAAGAAGGCAUGAACUGUGAGCAUAAGAAAACCCUUUCAGAUGCCACUAUGCUGAUUCACAGUAGUGAGGAAGAGGAAGAAUUUGAAGAAGAAAACAAGGCUAGUACAAGCCUGUCACCUCUCCCUGAAGAUCAAAUGCAACUUUCCGCCAUUAUGAGUGGUUAUUCUCAUGAUUCUGUACUGAGCUAUCCCUAUAGCUCUGUUCCUUCAUCUGCUGGACCUUUGCAUAUUCUUGACCCUAAAUUACAUAUUACAGAGACAGAAAAGAGAAUGAAGGAUAUGAGCCCAGUUCAUUUACUGGUAGAAAGCCAGGUACAAAGAAGAGGAGAAGGACUGCUUACUCCGUCUAUGUCGGAAUCUGACCUUACAACAUCAGGGAGAUACAGAGUAAGAAAGGAUUCAGUAAAGAAGCGACCUGUGUCUGAUCUUUUGUCUGGGAAGAAGAAUAUUGUGGAAGGCCUUCCCCCACUAGGUGGCAUGAAAAAGAAUAAAACUGAUGCAAAAAAAAUAGGGCCUCUAAAGCUAGCUGCCCUAAAUGGACUGACCUUGACUAGAAUGCCUUUGCCAGACGAGAGGAAGGAGGAAUCAACAAGAGCAACAAAUGAUGAACGGUGUAAAGUUCUAGAGCAACGUUUAGAGCAGGGGAUGGUAUUUACGGAAUAUGAGCGCAUUCAGAAGAAAAGGCUUAUAGAUGGUGAGUGCUCAAUAGCCCGCCUUCCUGAAAAUGCUGAAAGAAACCGGUUCCAGGACGUCCUUCCUUAUGAUGAUACCAGAGUAGAGCUAGUCCCAACCAAAGAAAAUAACACGGGUUACAUCAAUGCAUCUCAUAUCAAGGUUUCUGUUGGUGGCAUUGAGUGGGAUUACAUUGCUACCCAGGGCCCUUUGCAGAAUACAUGUCAAGAUUUCUGGCAGAUGAUCUGGGAACAAGGGAUUGCCAUCAUAGCUAUGGUCACAGCAGAAGAAGAAAGUGGGAGAGAAAAAAGCUUCAGAUACUGGCCACGUCUUGGCUCAAGACACAACACUGUCACAUAUGGAAGAUUUAAGAUUACCACGCGAUUCCGUACUGACUCAGGCUGCUAUGCAACUACGGGUUUGAAGAUCAAACACCUGCUCACAGGACAGGAGAGAACAGUUUGGCAUCUGCAGUAUACUGACUGGCCAGAGCAUGGCUGUCCAGAGGAUUCAAAGGGAUUUCUCUCGUACCUGGAGGAGAUACAGUCAGUGCGGCGUCAUACAAACAGCACUGCAGAUCCAAAGAACUCUAAUCCUCCUGUGCUGGUACAUUGCAGUGCAGGCGUUGGGCGAACAGGAGUGGUCAUACUGUCAGAGAUCAUGAUUGCUUGCUUGGAACACAAUGAGAUGCUGGACAUCCCACGAGUGCUGGACAUGCUGAGGCAGCAGAGAAUGAUGAUGGUGCAGACUCUUUCUCAGUACACUUUUGUCUAUGGAGUUCUCAUUCAGUUUCUCAAAAGUUCUAGGCUUAUAUAAUUCCUGUCAUUUCCUAAGGGACACCGCGAGAGUUUACAGAAGUAAAAUUACACUUGUCCAGGCAGCCUUGCCCUUACUGGUGUUUGCUUCAUAUGAUGAGUCACACAGUUACCUUUUAGGACCGGUAUGUGACUGUUAAAUGCAAGUCGGUGUAACAGUCCUUGCAAAGCAGGAUCUGCGCUGGACUAAAUUCUUCCCAUGUUCAGCUGUAGCUAUUGUAGGGAAUGAUCCUACUCGUUCUGUUUUGUAGUACUUGCACACAUUUUUUAGAGCAGUGUUACUCUAGGCUAAGUAAAUAUCUUGUAGAACGGAAGUGAAUGAAACAAUAUUACUAACUUUUUAGAAAAGUAAUAUAGACUUUAAAAAAAUGAAUCAAGUGUGGAGAAGCUAAAACCUGUAGAUGCACAUGGGGAGAGGAACUUACUCCUUGGGAAUGUCAAGGUCUUAAGCAGUUUCAUUCUGUUUUCAAUUUUAUAUUUAGAACAAUACAUCCAUGUUUUUUAAGAUGAACUUUUGGUUUCCUCUGGUUUACUCAGCAGAAUUAGCCCCUCCUAGAUAUUUUAAGAUGUCCCUUUAAGGCAGUUAUUUUUGUAUUCCUCAUUUUUUUUAAUUUUGAAAAAACACUGUUUUUAAACAGCAUAAUGUUUUCAGAGGAAAUGAUUGACAAUGUUUGAACUAACUAUUCAAAAUUUGUGGGAAACUGUUGGUAGUUGUAGAGUGCCAAGUGAUAGAAUUGGCAAGUGAAAGAUCACGUUAACUGUCGAUAACUUCCAUUUGAGUGAGAGGCAUGUUUACCUGUUGAGUUGUAGGCAGAAAGCCGGGCAAGAAUGUUAUAAUUAUCUACAAGGUUCUUGGAAACAAAUGGAUGGGAGAGAGUACAUAUUCAGUGUUAUUCAUAUAUUUAGAGAACGGUUUGAUUUUACCGGCUGAAUUCAAAGUGGAUGCAAAUGUUUUAAGCACUUUUUUGCUCUGUUAUUUAUGUAGUUAAACAUAGAAACUAUAAUCAUAUAUUGUUUCAUAUGGUAAUACAGCAUUACUAACCUGUUAUUUUAGGAAGAGCCUUUUAAAUUGAUGAAAUGAGAGAACCAAAAUAGGAAUAAGAAGGUGUAUAGUGGUGAAGUGGAAAUGAUCGUGUGAAACAUAAUGGAGGAGGUGUGGCAGCUAUGAUUGCUGGUUUAGGCAGUGCAAAGAUGACCAUUGCAAUUUUUGUGUUCCCCAUCAAGAAAGCCUUUAAAGCCCUGGGAGUGUCUGUAGAAUUUUUGAGAUUAUUUUGUCAGUAGUAAAACAGAUUUUGCUGAUGCCGUGCAGUGUUGCUAUGAAGGGAUAUUCACAGAAGCCGUUUGAGAAUGACUACAGAGUAUAAAAAUUCUUAGAUGUAACACUGGAGAUGUGGGUAUUUUAAUAACUCUGUAGGUGGCAAAGUGGAUGGUUGUGGUGUGGACCUGAAGAUAAGUCCUACCUCUGGUAGUUUCCAUUUUGUCCCUAACUACCUUGGGUCUGGUCUAAUAACAGGAUUCCUGAAUACUCCUCUCUCUGCGUUUUUAAAAUGGAGACACUGUGAUUUUACCUGCCUUUUCAAGUGCUUUGAUAUGCUGAGUAGAAAUUCUCUAUUCAAAAGUGAGCUAUUUGUAGAUAUCUGGUUUAAUUUCAAAAACCCCUCUGACAGUCAAGUCUGUGGGCAUGUUUAUGUAUCUACCUCCUGUGAUACCCACUUAGCGAAAUGGAAUGAGAUUGAAAGUCAUUUUUAUAACUGGUAAAAUAAUGUUAUUUUUCUGUGAGCUGUGACAAGGGUUUGGUAACUAUUAUGAAUAAUUAAAAGCCCCUUCAAGAUAAUAAUUGUCUUCUCAAAACAUUAAUUAAAAAGGUAAUAAAAAAAAAGGUUGCUUCAGUUUCCUCUGUAAUAAGCUUCUUCCAUAAAGAUAAGCAUAAGUCCCAAUGACAUUUUGCUAAUAUGUCAUCCCAUAAAAAAUGUAUUACUUUAAAGUACAUUUUAAUAUCCAUCUAGUGCAUUUGGUCUGCUUUCAAGCACUCUGAAUUAUUCUGCUCUCAAUAAAAGUAAGACUGAAUAUUUCAGAUGGAAAAAAAAAAACCAACCCUCUUCCUGUAACUAUAAAAUGCCUAGCAAGUGUUCACUGCCAAAUGCAGUCUGGAGGAAACCAGUUACUGAAGACUGAUUCUUAUAUAUAAGGCUGCAAACAAACCGAUUUGACAUAUCUGUGUUAAUAGGAGUAUCACUGAAAGGAAGAAACAUGUUUAAAUGUUUGUAUUAAGCUCGUAUUUUUACAAUAUUGCUACUUUUGUACCACAGUUUACAUAAGUCUUCAGAAAUAUUUUUGAAAGAGAAGCUGCACUGUAGAAAGGUAGCUUGUAACAUGUCUAAUCUUUGGACUGUGCUCUGAUACAUGCAAAUUUUGUACAAUCACAACUUUGAGUGACAAUUUUCAGACAUUCAGCAGUUACUGCUGCACAGCAUCAGCUCUGAGGCAUUAAAAAGAGCAAUUAAAGUGAGGAAUUUAACCCGAAGCUUGUGGGAUGAGUUUUGAGGUGUGUGUGGGGGAACUAUUUCUCUUCUUUUUGCUGUCAUUUUCUUCCUGCUGGAAAGAACUGUGUUCAUGGUUGGAGUCAUUCACUCUCUAACCUGAUAAUCACAAUUCAGAUUUUUCUUUUUUAAGUGAGAGCAGUGCUACCUGCUGCCCUUCAGCUUUUAAAUCUAGCCAUCAGCAGUCCACUGUUGCAUUCUUCAUAUUAAUAGACUUUAUGUGAAUUUUCCUAAUGAAGUUAGCAGGAUUGCUUUUAUAAGUAAGCAUAUGGUUCUAAGUGAACAUUAAAAAUGAGCAGUUUCUCUUCCAAAGAUGCCAAUGAAAUGAAACUCUACAACCUUCUGUAAUAAAAUGAAUUAGGUCUUGAGAGAGUUUUAAAAAUAAAAUUAAGUUCAGUUUUUAGCACUUUGUUGCUCUGAGCCUUGAAUGGAGCAUUUUUUACAUGUAGUUGCGCUGGGUGCUUCGUGAAGUAUUGGACAUCAUAGGAGAAUCAAUUGUCCAAAUCCAGUCACAGCCUGAGCCAAAGGUGGAUUUAUCUAUCUGUCAAAAGCUUAAAAUUUCACUAUAAGUAAGUCCAUCUUGCCAAAUGUACCUCUGUAUUUAUGGGGAAGAAACCAGAUUAUUAUUAUGUGAGAUUAAGCUGAUCUUUGCUAGUAUGGAAAGUUCGUUGUAUGAAGAUAUUCCUGCAGUAAGUGGCAGAAAAAGAUGCUGAUUUCCUAGGAAUGUCGGAGUUCUCAGGGAUAAAUAAAGGUGCUAUAUACUGUUAAGAGACAGAUUCGACUGGUUUUUAUGGGCUAGAUGGAAAAUGCUUUUUUAGGAUCAAAUCCUGUGAAGAUCAUCAGAAGAACCUACAAAUUACUACUAGUGACAGCUUCUGCAGAUUUUGUUUUUCUAGUUUGCUGUCACAAGAGAUAUUUUGGUCAUUGACUCUGCGUAGUUUUGGGCCAGCUCUUCUCGAAAAACUUGAUUCAAAGCCCUGUUGAAAUCGUCACGCAGAUGUCACUGGCUUGGUAGGCCUUGCUUUAGGCUGUUAAUCACUCCUCCUUCAUUCUGUGAAGGAGAAGCUCCAUGAUAUACACAGGAGUUUUGCAUAGCUUCUCUGCGGCCUGCACAGCUGAGAGCUCUCCUUUUUCUACCGUGUAUAGGAAUGCUGUCCCCCAUGAACAGCAUGGGAAGUUUUAUGCCUUAAUCUCUCUCUCUCUCUCUCUCUCUCCCUCUCUCUCUCUCUCCCUCUCUCUCUCUCUCUCUCUCUCUCUCUCCGUGAUACCUUUUGCACAACUGAACAGUAAAAAUUAUAAAUGCAGGGAGCUAUGGUUUAUAUUUAGAAAUACAUUUAAUUAAAAGCAGCUGAGCUAGAUAGAGUUUCUGUAACUUCUGUGGAUUAAAAGCAGGUCUAAGUUAUCAACAUUUAGGAAAAAAACAAGUAAAAUGAAUAGAUAAAAAAAUGUGGACUAAGCUGCAAGAAUUCUUGGCAUUUGUGGAAAGUGUGCAUUUCUGGCUCCUCUUUUAAUCUUGUGUAUCUGUUUUUAAGUGGAUGACACUUGGGACAAUUUCGUUGAAAAAUAGGUUCUUAAAUUUAAUAACUAAAGCUACCAUAGGCUGCUGCUGAAGAACAGAUAUGUGGUUUUCUUGUUGGAGUAGCUGUUAAAGUUGAGGGGCUCAUAGACCUCAAUGGCUUCUGGACCAAACCUGGGAGCUGCAAGGUUGUUUAUCAUUCAAGCUGGCUGUAUAAUGGGGCCUCGUUUUUUAACACCAGCAGCAUUACUAAAACCCUGCAAUUAACAUAGCGAACUUCAAUAGUGAGCUCAAUUUAUUAAUUUAAAAGAAACAAUGGUUCCAUUGCUAAGAAUUACAUGUUUUGUUUUGUUUUUUAAUAUUUCAAACUCAUGCAAAGCCAGAGCCCGGUCCUGCAAGACACAGAAUACCUGCAGUUCUUCCUGAUAUUGUGAGGAGCUGAAAUGUGCUUAGCACCAAUGAGAGCUUAAGCCAUUAAAGCAUAAAUACUCACAUCUCCACUUUAAAUUUAAAUACAGAUUACAAGAAUUAACCAAAAGAAUGCAGCAGGAAUGUGCGUAAAUGAAGCUACAGCAUCGAAAGGAAAAGUAGUUGAGAUAGUUUGGAAGAGAUUCUCUUGUGAAAGUACAAAAUGUUGGAAGUAGAGAGUGGGGAUUUGAGGAAUGGCUGAAGGCAUAUGGAGGAGGAUUUGGAACAGCCUGUAUCCACAGCAGGGCUGCUAGAAGGGUUUGAUUCCCAUGGUAUGUUUUUCAUGGCAUGGUGUAGGGUAAGAGAACAUGUAGUCAUAGGUGUUAUUUGUACUGGCUUUUUUUAAUGUGAUUUUUGAAACUCCAAAUAUUUUUUUCAGAGGCUCUGUUAUUUUUAUAUAUCUUCUUUUGCAAAUGUAUUCAAUGCAGUCUGUCAGCUCAGUUUCUGUUUACUUAUUAAAGGUCAGAUUUUCAAACGCUGGUCUCUGGUUUUACACAUGCAAACUGCAGGGGGAAUAAGCAUAUGUGCAGUUUUGCACUGAUAAUUUCCAAUGGAUGCAGUUCAGAUUAUUUGGAAGUCCAAAUGCUUGCUUUGUGAUUGCAGCCAGGUGUUUAUAGUAGGUGUGAAUCGUACCAGGUUAAGACUGGGCUGAAAAUCAGGCCCUUGAACUGUGGAAUUUAACUGUGUGCUUAGAAAUUAUACUGCAGUGCAGCAUUUGCAAUACAGUGAUCUUAACUUCAGAGAAUCUCUAAUACUGUACUAAGGUAAGGGAAAAAAUCUUAAACUUUUAACAGCUAUUACAAACGAGACUGUAAAGAUUUCUUAAUAAGAUCCUGUGUGGGACCAGCUAACUUGGUACAUUCUGUUGGCACUAUGCAUAUUACUUCUAUUAUGGUCUGCAGGGAUUGGGGGAAAAAAAGUAUUUGAUAAUUACAAUGAGCAUUUCAAAAAACAGUUACUAAAUAACUUUUUUGUUUUUAUUCUUUUGCAUUUUCCACAAGAUGCUGCAUUUAGUGGUAAAGAAUAACCUCCAGUGUAUUUGUUCUUUACAAGUCCAUUCUUUGGAUGUAAUUGGGGAAUGAAAGCAGAAAUCAAAUGCAAAGAAGCUAAUGAAUAGAGUUUACAACAGAUCCAGCCUUGUGGCAGGUUGGAGAGCAAGUCUGUAGGUAUCGUAAUUGUAUUUUGUUUCAGAUAUGAAGCAGUCAAAGCUACCAAAUUAUUACUUUAUGAGCACAGUUGCAGAAGGUGCCUAACCUUUAUAAAGGGAAUUUUAAAUACUGUUUUCCCAUUUGAAAAUAUUUAAGUAAAUUUAGGAGACUUUAAAGUAGUUUUUAAGACCUUGCAAACACCAUUCAUUUUUAGAAUGAUAGGAAACUAGAUUGAAAAAAAAAAAUUUAAAAUCCUUCAGUCUGUCACCUUGCUAAUCCUGGAUAAUUCUGACAAGGUGUAUAUGCCAUCCUUUUACAAGGAUACUUCCUUUAAUUACUUUGAAAUGCCCAAAAUAGCUAUCCUCUCUGUGGCUGAUUUUGGGUGUACUUGAAUGGAAAUUUUAGGAGCUUGACCUGGCAAAGCACUGAAUAUUUACGCUCCUGCACAUUGCUGAAAUCUCUUCAUUCCGUUAAAGCAAAUGAGUGUUUGGAGUCCUUUCAGCAGUUUUGUAGGAUUGAGUCUAAAUGUCAGAGAAAUGCAGGUUCUGGCUCCAUUUUCUUCCUUUUUCAUUUGAGCCGCUAUGCAAGGAUUUAAACAAGACUUUGUUCAAACGAUAGGAAACGUGAAUUCUCAAGUAUUAUUUUCUAGUACUAAGCUAGUGGUAAAUAUGUCUGUUUUUGCUGUCUUGCCACCAACACUGUAAAAAUGUAUAAUCAAAACAGCUUUAAUUCUUGUAAAACUGAAAUUGGUUUGUAAAACAAUGUACAAAUUGUGUUUCAUAGACAGAAAAGCUUGUAUUACUGAAUGUAAUAUAUGUGAAAUGAAUAUAUCAGUCUAUUUUUGCCAUGAAAAUAAAUAUUUGAAGCUAUUAUAAA